AUGAAAGAUCUAAACCCCCCAGUCUUUAAUGUAUUCGAAGACCACAAAUCAGAACCUAGGACGCUCGAUGUUGAGGUCCGUAAAAAGGGUCAAGAUGCUAAUGAGACCAUUUGUACGUACUAGGACUUCAAGUCUUUUGUCUGCAAAGAUAAAAAGGAGAGUAAAGCAUUUCAAGUCCACGAGGUCAAGUUGGAAGUUUGGAACCAUAGUGAAGAACAGCCGGAUAAGCGGAAGCACGGUGGAUCUUAA